AUGGCCGAAUACUGGAAAUCGACACCAAAAUACUGGUGCAAGUUUUGCUCCGUGUUUGUCAAGGACACCAAAUUCGAGCGCGCGCAACACGAAGCGACCGGACGCCACCAAGGCAACAUCCAGCGUAGUCUGAAGGGACUACAUCGCGAACAGGAAAACGAGAAGCGCAAUCAGGCGCGCGCACAAGCAGAGGUCGCUCGGCUGAAUGGCAUUGUACCAUCGGCAUCCUCCACUCCUUCCGUCGCGACUGGCGUAGGCGGCAAGCCCACAUUCAAGAAGGAACCCGAGAAGAAAGCCACAGUAGACGACAGGAAACGACAAUGGGAGCAGCUGGCAGCUAUGGGUGUGGCGCUUCCCGCGGCUGCAAGAGGCGAUUUGGCGAUAGCGGGCGAAUGGAAGACAGUAAAGGAAGAAGUCGUGGGAGAAGUCACUGAGGACGGAGAGUUCAAGGCAACAUCGUUGAACAAGGGUGUGCGGAAGCGGCAACUGGAUGAGGAUGAGGAAGAGCAAAAGGCUGCCGGAGAGCUCAUCACCAAACGGAAAGGCUGGGGACACACGUACAAGAGUUUCCCGGGCAGCAAGGGUGGCGAUGACGAUGACAUUGAGAGCUUGCUUAGGAAGAAGAAAUUGCAGCCAGAGGUCAAGAGGGAAGAACCUGGGGAUGGAGUGAAAGCUGAAGUUGAAGAAGAGAACGAGGCCAAGACCCUGCAGGAUAUACCCACGGCUGAAGAAGCGGAAGCAAAGGCUGCCGAGGCCAUUGUGAAAAAGGAGGAGGAUGCGCCAGCUACACCAGCGGUGGUUUUCAAGAAGAGGAAGAAGGCGAAAUGA